AUUUCCCAUUGAUUGGGGGAUCCACCACCCGGAGGGGGGGGGGGUCUAACUUAUACCAUGGACUUAUAUUUUACGAGUUGAAUCUGCGUAAAUUAAAGCAAAAGUUAAAAAAUGUAUCGCAGAGGGCAUUUCCGCGCUUGGUCUUCUAUCUGGCCGUCCAACCAGCCUUCCACUCGUCGGAAGCCAUUAAGAAAAAUAAUGGUCUCCUAUACUUCAAAAAAGAGAAAUCGUCAUCCUUAAACAUAUACUCCGGACAUUAUUAAUAGAAAGUAGAGAGUAAAACCGGUUCUGUAUUGACGGUUAGUGUAGUUUCCUUCCUGCUCUGUGUCAAUAAUGGGAUAACUUUCUAAAGUUGAGUCAGGGGAAGUGGCGCAUUAUCCGGAGACUCUUCCUGCACGAGCCAGCGUUUGUGAAGAAAACGAAAAAUGGACGAAACUUUUUCUAACAAUGUGACCCGGGCUAACAGUGAGAACGAAGAGAGGAUUUCCAAGGAAAUCGUGAGAAAUAUUUCUUUAAAAAGGGAGGGGAGAUCCACGUUUGUGACAUUUAACGAUUUCUUCACGAAGGACCCCUUGGACAACUCCAUACCAAUUUGCACACUUAGAGAGUCAAUUAGCUCGGAACCCAUUCUAGAUUCAGUUAGCUCCGAUCCCAUUCCAGAGUCAGUUAGCUCGGAUCCCAUUCCAGGGUCAAUUGGCUCGGAUCCCAUUCCAGAACCAGUUAGCCCGGAUCCCAUUCCAGAUUCUCCCGUUUCUGAGAGGAAAUUUAUAAAUAUACCAGCACACGGCUCGGAGCGAAAAGAUACUGGACACAACAAAGUACCGUUAAAAAACCCUGCGCACGCGACACGGGAGGAUACAUUCUUCCGAGAAGACACCGAUGUUGAAUGCGGACUUGAAAACAUAGAUGUUCUCCAAACAGCUGAUGGUAGACAUAUUUGGACAAAAUUCGGAAAAGAAGUGUCUCAAAUUGAUUCUGAAGAAAAGGUGAUAUUCAAGCAAGAUUUCAGUGCUCUUGUUGAUGACGUGGCUGUGCUUAGUUCAAACUCCGUCUUUCUUGUUGAAUCUCAAAGUAAAACUAUUCGAUUCCUGAAAAUUGAAGCAGGAGAACCGGUUAUUACAAUUUUUGACAUUUUGUCGCCAGAUACCCCUGAGAAUAUAUGCAUCAACACAAAGACAAGAGAAAUUGUGAUAACUGUACUCAUGAACAAGGGGUUGUUCUGUUUCAAACGUGCUCGAACCUCCAUCAGAAGAUAUCAUUAUAGUGGGAAAUGCAUCGAUGAAAUUAUUCCGAAAAACAAAGGAAAAUUCGUAUUUGAGAGUUCGCUUAAUAUGGUUUGCAAUGGAAAUGGCGAUAUUUGUAUAGCAGCCGUGAAGGGAUUGUCUCAUUUUGUAGCCGUAUUUGACCAAUCAGUCAACUUCCGGUUUCUUUACGACGGAGGAAAGGAAAGACAAAACUCUUUCCGACCCACAUCCGUUUGUGCGGACUGUCAUAAUAACAUUUUGUCCCUUGACUCUAACAGUAAUUCUGUUCACGUCAUCGACCAAAAUGGAAGCUUUCUUAGGCUGAUCAGUCCAUUCAGUGACAACGCAGUCUGUCCUAAAAUAACAGCUCUGUGUGUCCUCAAGGGAGACAAGUUACUGAUGGGACAAGAUACAGGGAAAAUACGUGUUCUUCACUUCUCUGCUUACUCAGAAUUAACGAAACUCUAAAGUCAUUCAGAAAUCGUUUGAACACUGCAGUAUUUAUUAAACAAUGUGCACUGGAUUGUGGACAGUGUUGAUUGAAGUACAUUGCAGGUUACAUAAAGAUCAUGUUUUAAUUCGGUGCGUUUCGUGGGUUGGAUAGAGGGGACCUUCCCAACCCCUUUCUCACCCACCUUCCUUUUUACACCCCCUCCUCUUUUUUUUUGGUGUUCGAAAUGUAUCUAAAAAAUUAUUGUAGGUUUACAUUGUGACAAUAUUCUGUACUUUUACAAAAUGAAUUAGUGUAGUAAUUAUUAUCAGAAGUAAAGAGGAGGUGUUGUACUAUUGUUAUUUUCCUUUAUGGAGAAAUUGUACUAAGACCAUCCUGUGUUUGGAUAUUCCUUAAGGAGGAUCAACUGCUGAACAUCCAGAAUUGGAAUUUAAAGAUGUUAUGACUCAUGAAAUUAUAUGACGCGAAUUGACAAUAAUCAAUGCUAUUAAGAUAAUAGAAAGAUAAUACUGAGUGGAAAAUAAUCCACAAAAUACCAUUCAUAAUAACAAAAAAAACAACAGUAAACUUCAAUGGUUCCUAUGGAAAGCCGUAGGGUACCCCCACAUUAUUAUUAUUUUUCCCUAUAUAAAAUACCAAAAUUAUAAUCUCUUCCAAAAAUAAAAAUUUCCCCUGGUUCCAAUAUAGAAUACUUAAUAAAAUUUAGCAGCAAACUAA